AUGGAUGUGACCAGAAGUGUCACCCUCCAGCAGCUGCUCCCAUUGGCUAGCCCCGGCCAGGUGGGGGACGUGCUGGCCAAGCUUGGCGGAGAAUCCGGGUUGGAGUUCAAGACAGUGUCAUGUGACAAAUGUGGGGGUCACGUCGUGGAGAGCGCCCUCAGACAGAUGCCCAGAUGGAGAGCCACCACAGAAGGAGAUGCAGAGACAAAAGGGGAGGAUUAUGGGAUACUGGAGGCCCAGGUUCUGUCCCUGUGUUGCGUAGUGAGGGAGCACUGUGUAGAGUUCAUCAGACACACACAUGGCUCCCACGUAGCUCGCACGCUCAUAAAUGUACUGGCAGGCUGCCUUGUCCAGCCCGCACCAAUACAGCACGCUCAGACCAUGUUGACGGUGUGUCACAGAAACCGGCCCAAACUCUGCAAACUUCUCACCAAAGGCAUCGUGAAGUACCUGACAUCACUCACCUCUGCUCCUGGAGUUAGUCCUCUCUUUGUGUUUCUGAAAGACCAGGCUUCUAGUUGGCUCAUUGAGACAGUCAUCCAGCUGUCCCACAAGGCCUUGCUCCGGCACCUCUAUAAGAACCACCUCCAGGGUCAGCUGGCCACCCUGGCCAUCCAUCCAAUCGCUAACUUCCCAAUACAGAGACUGACAGCAGCUUCCACCAAUUACAAAGUUUUUCUGAAGGUGUUCGAUGAGCUAGCCUAGGGUCUGGAGGCCAUCUUGGCGGCAGGUCACAUGGGUGUGAUCGUCCAGCUGACAGACAGCUGUGCAGAGCGGGAGGAGAAACGGCGAGAGAUGAUGCAACGCCUCCUCAGUGCUUUUCACUGUGCUGAACCUGCCUCCCGACACACCGCCUGCCUGCCUCUCUUCCUGUCGCUGCUCACACACGAGGUGUACUACAGCUCAGAGACAGCAGAGGGCACAGCAGAGGGCGAAACAGAGUGCCCCCUAUCCUCUAUCUGUUACCUUGGCUCCCGUCUGGUCCAAUCGCUGGCCAAGUUUAAAGACCGCUCCCUGCUCCUGAACAGCCUCCGCUCUCUGACCCCCUCUGACCACCUGACCCUGGGAACCGACCAAUCAGGCAGCCACGUUCUCCAGCUCCUGGUGACAUCAUACAGCGAUAAGGGGAGGGGCAAGAUCCUGAGGAGACUGGAGGGCCAGUAUGUCCAGAUGGCCUGUUCCAGGUAUGGCAGCCGUGUGUUGGAGGCAGUCUGGAACAGCACCACUGUACUCCUUUACUGGUUAGAGUUGAGGGCGGCAGUGCCUUGUGAGACACAACUGAGAUCAGACCAGUUUGCUCGUCACGUUUGGCCCAAAUUUGCCCUGACCCACUUUGUGAAGAGGCGGGCCCAGUGGCAGGAAGUACAGACAGGCGAAUCAAAGAAGCCGAAGCUCUUUAGUGACAUUCUGGAGUGA